GUUUUAUUAAAGCGCCACCACCGAUUCUUUCUUGAACUUCACGUGUAAUUGGCGUGUUUUUAGCCGGACAUAGCGGUAAGAAAUAUCUUCCGAAAUCAAGUAAAUCGUGAGUAAUUUAACAAGUUUUCUCAUAAAAUACAACAAAAGUGAUACUUGUUAUUAAUAUCCUUCUUAAAUUUUAAUUAAUCAUUUUGUCUUUAUAUCGUAUUUGCCAGAACAUGGCCGCAACCGAAACGCAAGGUAUAGAACAGAAAGUUACCGAAGAACAUGCCGAGCUUUCUUCUGAGAACACCGACUCUGAUGAAGAAGCACCAGAAUUAAUUGACGACAAAAACGAUGGACAAAGCGGAGUGGCUGAAGCUGCGGGUUUGGGUGAUGAACCUCUCACCAGCAAGGCAAAACAAAGCAGAAGCGAGAAAAAGGCAAGAAAAGCUAUAACUAAAUUGGGUCUAAAGCAAAUCACUGGCGUCUCACGCGUCAGUAUUAGAAAAUCGAAGAACAUACUUUUCAUUAUUAGCCGACCAGACGUGUACAAAAGCCCUGCCUCUGAUAUGUACAUUGUCUUCGGAGAAGCAAAGGUUGAAGAUCCUAACGCCACCGCCCAAACUUUGGCAGCUGAGAAAUUGAAACAGGCUGAAGUGUCUACAGGUAUCAAUCCGGCUCAAACCAAAGUAGAAACGAUCCCUGAAGAAUCAGAUGAAGAAGAGGUAUCUCCUGAAGGAAUCGAGCAGAAGGAUAUUGAAUUAGUUAUGACCCAAGCGAAUGUGUCUAAAACUAAAGCCAUCAAGGCAUUGAAGAACAAUGAUAAUGACAUCGUUAAUGCCAUAAUGGAAUUAACGAUGUGA